GCAGCCGGGUCCCCAGAACCCGCCGUGACCAUGGAGGCCAGAGCGCUCUGGCUGCUGGCGCUGGUCCUGGCCUUGGGGACCUCCAGCUCGUCCGCGCAGGCGCAGUACGUGGGCCUGUUGGAGAGCCAGUGUGCCAUCCCGGCCAAGGACAGGGUGGACUGCGCUUACCCCGAGGUCACCCCCGAGCAGUGCAACAACCGGGGCUGCUGCUUCGACUCGAGCAUCCCCGAGGUGCCCUGGUGCUUCAAGCCUCUGCAGGCGACAGAAUGUACAUUUUGAAGCCACGCCCACUGUCCUGGACACCAUGGGAGGUGAAUUUCCACACUCUGACGUCCUGCCUGCUCAUCUCUGCUUUGCUAGUCCCUGCUCCUGGCCAGGCUCUGGCUGAAAGCUAAUGCCUGGGACCCGAUGUUUUAAAGAAUAAAGAUCCACGCUCAGCAUGAGGACAGGUCUCUAUUCCUGA